AUGCCUGAGGGCGACUGUGACCAGCCGGGCUUGCUACAGCUCCUCGCUAGCAAAGAUCGUGCUUCUCUUGGGGCAGAAAGUGCGGCUGCUUCCAUGUUUGUCCGCAACUUCCUCAGUUUUGUGCAGGGACCCAGCUUCGACAAUAGGAGCGGAGAUGCCUUUCAAGACUCCCUUGGAGCCCUGGCAGAAUUCGACAAGCACAUCUCGUCGAACUGCUCAGAAAUCUACGGCAAGUCCAUGAUUCAAAAAACACGCGAAACGAGUCACACAGUUUGCAAAGGCAAGAGCAGCGUUGUUUGCCAUGAGAGAGUGCCUUUCGAUAUACCACGCUACUUCUGCGAGUUGCAGAAUGUGCAGAUCGGUGAGGACAGCACGCGAGUGGAAAGCUGUGAAGUGACUGCUUGGGCCAGGGAAGCUACAUGGGGAUGGUGCGAGAAACCUUUUCUGGAGGAGCUGCAGUCGCAGGAUCUGCCACUUGCUUGCAACCUUACCACGUCUCGCAAGGCAUUGCUACAAAUGCCCUGGGACACGCGCAACCUUUACGAGUGGCUUGGCGACUGGGUCACUUUGUGGGAGACUCUGGCAAUCCUUGACUGGAAUCCCAAGGAUGUCGACAUCUUCCUGAACAUCGAGCCAGGGAGUAUGAAGAGUCGUCCGUUUGAUGAUGCUUGGCAACAUGCUUUCUCAAGCGAAGCCGUGCAUGUUGGCACCCGAAAGGACUUAUUCGGGCAAGGUGCAUGCUUCUCGCAUCUGGCCACGGUGCCCCAUGGCGGCCUCAGCACUCCCACCUUUAAUGGCGGCCGUGGUGGCUUGGUCUCCUGUGCUUCACCGACGCUGAUGUCUUCAGCCGUUUUCCUGGAGCGGAUCUUUCCUUCUGUGAAGCCUCCAGGAGAUUUGACCUUGACUUUGAUCUUGAGAACUGGGAGCCGGGGCUUUGAAGAUGAAGACGAGGCAGUUCAGGCUGUCACGAAAGCAUUGCUGCCAGGCUGGAGCUUGAGAACCUACCGCCCCGAGACCCUGAAGACCUUGAACGAACAGAUCGCCGUUGCGCAAAGCACGCAAGUUCUGGUGGGAGCGCACGGUGCAGGGAUGACCCAUGCCCUCUUCCUUCCGCCUCAUGCUCGCGUUGUGGAAAUCUGGUGUGGUGAUCGCGGUUCAGAGAAUCAUCACUUUCGAAACCUUGAGGUUCUGUCUGACGAGAGUGCUGCACAUGCACCUGAGCAAUUCCAUUUUGGUAUCUCUGCUUUACGCUGCGGUGUGGACGAGAACGCUGUCAAAGCAAUGAAAGCAGCCAUGACGGCAUACCAGAAAGACCAGGCUAUGUGA